AUGGCCAAAAUCGUGACAGUGCGGUACUACCGGGUGAAGCCUCGCUGGCUUAUGGUCAAAAUCACUGACGAGAAUGGCGAAUACGGCUGGGGCGAGGCCACACUCGAAGGCCAUGACCUUGCUGUGGAGGGAUGUCUUCAAGAAAUGAUCCCUAGAAUAGCUGGCCUGGAAGCGAACAACAUCGAACACAUCUGGCAAACAUUCUGGAGACAUGGCUUCUACCGAGGAGGCCCUGUCUUCAUGUCAGCAAUGUCUGGUAUUGACAUCGCGCUUUGGGAUCUAAAAGGAAGGACGUUGAAGGUUCCCAUAUACGAACUUUUGGGUGGUCAGGUACGCAAUAAGGUGCAGGUAUACUGUUGGAUUGGCGGCGACAGACCAUCGGAUGUCGAAGCAGCAGCGAAGAAGCGAAUCGAGCAGGGGUUGACUUGCGUCAAAAUGAAUGCAACCGAGGACAUGAACUGGGUCGACUCGCCGAAGGUACUCAAAGCUACGGUUGAGCGCCUGAAGCAGGUCAAAGCCCUCGGCCUUGACGCCGGUCUCGACUUCCAUGGCCGCUUGCACAAAGCCAUGGCGAAACAACUGGCCAGAGCUCUUGAGCCCUAUGAGCCCCUCUUCAUCGAGGAGCCCUUGCUAUGCGAACACCCCGAAGCCAUCAAGCAGCUCGCGAACCAGACCACAAUUCCCAUUGCCUUUGGUGAGCGCUUGUAUACAAGGUGGGAUAUCAAGCGCUUCCUUGAAGACGCUAGUGUCGACAUUCUCCAACCCGACAUUGCCCAUGCCGGCGGUAUUUCUGAAACCAAGCGUAUUGCCACGAUGGCGGAAGCCUACGACGUAGCUAUUGCGCCGCAUUGCCCCCUUGGCCCUGUUGCGUUCGCGGCCAGUGUGCAAGUUGCUCUGUCAUGUCCUAACUUUUCCAUCCUCGAGAUGAGCCUGGGCAUGCAUUACAAUACCGAGGCUGGAGAUAUCGAUCUCUUGACGUACCUAAAGAACCCUAAGGUAUUUGACAUUGAAGGAGGUUAUGUCAAAGCACCGACAGGCUAUGGAUUGGGCAUUGACAUUGAUGAAGAGAUGGUGAUGAAGAUAUCAAAGGAGACGGAGCCGUGGCAGUGCAAGAUCUUUCAUGGUCCUGAUGGUAGCAUUCGGGAGUGGUGA